AAGAAAUGUCAGUUUUGACAUCCGGACGCUCAAGUUUUGGCGGUUGGAAAAUUUUUGUGCAAGACAAUGGUGUCCCUGCAGAAUUUCUCCAUGUCCCCAAGUCCUGGGGACGUGACAAUUUGUGAGCAGCAAGGUAGAAUUUGUUCCUUGCCAAACACAGAAGUCGACGUUGCAAAAUGCAUCCCUGCGGGAGUGAUGGCAAGAUACCCAGAGAUCAACAUUGCUCGGGAAUUGUUUCAGACACCCUCGUCAAAUAUUCUUCACAGCGACAGUGGAAGGAAUCUCAUGAUGCCUGUUAAUGAGAGCUUCCUGAAGCAUGUCACAAGGAAGUUCUUCGAGGAAGGCUUCUCAGCUGCCUUGGAGGCAGCUACAGUGUCUCCCAAUGCUCUGGUAAAGACCAGUGCCAAGUACAUUCUCUACCUGAUUAAUGUGGGCAACAAUAUGAGGUACUUCCUGAGGCCUCAUCUCAGGGAUCAGACACUGGCGAGUGUGGGGAAAUUCUCAGAGACAAAAGAUUGGAUGAGGAGUCCCAUAAGGUGCAUCCGGUGGCAUCCGCAUUGCUUCAAGCUGGCCGUGGCGGCUUCAGACGACAGCAUCAGGGUGUACACAGAUGAGCCAACUACAGUGCCUGUUCUAAAGACUGGACUUCAAAAGGGAAUCACCUCGAUGGCUUGGCGUCCUUUCACGGCUGGCCUCUUGGCCGUUGGAUGCCAAAGUGGCGUUCUCCUUUGGUCCCUUGAACCUAAUUCUCACAUUACUCGGCCUCUUUCGCAAGCAACUCAUCUGAAAAGUCCAAAUCACUCUCCAGUCACUUCGGUGGACUGGAGUCCGAAUGGUUGCCUCCUGGUGACGGCGAGUAUUAAUGACUCGGACAUUGUCAUCUGGGAUGUUGAUCAGAAUCGAAGUACACCAUUGAGGCGUAUGGGAGCGCCGUGUACUCAGGUUAAAUGGUCUCCGGAUGGUUGUCGGCUCUUUUCUGCCACAAUGGGAAGUGUUUUUAGGGUUUGGAAUGCCAAUAAAUGGACCCCAGAGAGAUGGACUGUGGGAGUGGGAACCAUUCAGUCUCUGGCUUGGUCGCCCUGUGGCAGUCAGAUGGUUUUUGUCACCACAGAAGAACCAUGCCUCUAUGCUCUGCAUUUCAUUGAGGAGCAAGUGUUCAGUAACACUUCAACGCCCAAACAAGCCCUUCCGGUUGCUGAUUUGAGCAAGACGACUGUGGGAGAGGUGGAAGUGGGUGGGAGACCACAGCAAGUUGUGUGGUGUCCAUCUGGUGAACACUUGGCGGUCUCCUUCAGAGAUACUUCGGUCAUUUCCAUCUUUAGCACUAGCAUCUCCAAGCACAACUUCAACAUUUCCCCAUCCUGCUUCCUCAAUGGACUUCCUGGGGAAUAUCCGACUUACAUGUGCUUCCAGCCGAGGUACAGGAAGGUCGAAAGGGCCACGUCUGUGCUCACAAUUGGAUGGUCCAGUGGAAGAAUUCAAUAUUUUCCUUUCCUCUAAAAAUCCUUGAUUUUCCUUCAAUUUUCUUUACUCCUCUUUAUUGGUUUCUUUCCCUUUUCUUUUUUGAUGCUUUUAGAAAAGAAAAUUGCUUUAUGAAAUCUCCAGUUAUUAUUGAUUAUUUUUUUCUCGAAAGUUUUUCAAAUACUUGAUAAAUAAAAAUGAAGUUUCAUUCCUAA